ACGCUCAGUGCACGCUCACAGUCUGCGUCCCUUUAUGGUUUGACAGCGAAAAAAAGUUUUCAUGUCAGUCGGUUAAAAUUCAUUGUUGCCUGUCCAGCCAAUCAUAGUUUUUGACGACACAAAAGAGGCUAAAGUUGGAGUAUAAAAGGUGCGCGCUAAUAAAGUAUGAUGCCUAUCAGAGUGCGACAUUAAUCCAAACGCAGUGCAGUCACGCAUUAGGUCCAGCACGCACCACGGAUCUUUUUUUUUUCUAAAUCAAACUUCACACCGUAGAGACAAUGCAUCUGUCUCAGAUUGUGCUCUAUCUUAGUUUGCUGAUUGCUUUGGGUCCAGUAGUUUUGAGUGACCAAGAAACGCACCAGCAGCCCUCCGCCACCAGCCCAGAGGACACUGAGCAGUGCGCUACCUGCGAGGUCCGGCAGCAGAUCAAAACCAUGCGAUUAAACGCGAUUAAAUCUCAGAUUCUGAGCAAACUGCGAAUGAAAGAAGCUCCGAACAUCAGCCGAGAUAUAGUGAAGCAGCUCCUGCCCAAAGCGCCGCCGCUGCAGCAGCUCCUCGACCAGUACGACGUGCUGGGAGAUGACAACAAGGAUGUAGUCAUGGAGGACGACGACGAGCAUGCCACCACGGAGACAAUAGUGAUGAUGGCCACUGAACCUGAGUCCGUCGUCCAGGUGGAUGGGGAACCAAAGUGCUGCUUUUUCUCUUUCACUCAGAAGUUUCAAGCCAGUCGCAUAAUGCGGGCGCAGCUCUGGGUGCAUUUGCGCCCGGCGGACGAAGCGACCACAGUGUUCCUGCAGAUCUCCCGCCUGAUGCCGGUCACAGACGGGAACAGGCACAUACGGAUCCGUUCCCUGAAGAUCGACGUCAACUCCGGGGUCAGCUCUUGGCAAAGUAUAGACGUCAAGCAAGUGUUGACCGUGUGGCUGCGGCAGCCGGAGACCAAUUGGGGCAUCGAGAUUAACGCCUUCGAUUCGAGGGGAAAUGACUUGGCCGUGACCUCCGCAGAGCCCGGGGAGGAAGGACUGCAACCGUUCAUGGAGGUGAAGAUCUCAGAGGGCCCCAAGCGAGCCAGGAGAGACACGGGGCUGGACUGUGACGAGAACUCGCCAGAGUCCCGGUGCUGCCGUUACCCGCUCACAGUUGACUUUGAAGACUUUGGCUGGGAUUGGAUUAUUGCCCCAAAGCGCUACAAGGCCAACUAUUGCUCUGGGGAGUGUGAGUACAUGCACUUGCAGAAGUACCCGCACACCCACCUGGUAAACAAGGCCAACCCCAGAGGGACUGCAGGCCCCUGCUGUACCCCCACCAAGAUGUCGCCUAUCAACAUGCUCUACUUUAACCGCAAGGAGCAGAUCAUCUACGGCAAGAUCCCCUCCAUGGUGGUGGACCGUUGUGGAUGCUCUUGAGUCGGGACGGAGACCCCGGCGAGAGGGACGGGAGGACGGAGGGGCUGUGGCUCACUCUGGCCUCCAACUUCAGACUUGUUGACACAACCAAUCCACCAGUUCCGAUGCUUUCCUGCAGAACAUGGUGCAAUAGAACCAGAAUAGAGGCCACAAACAGCCCGACUUUUCCGCAGGGCAGCGCUUUCACAACCGGCAUAGCUCAUUUCUUUCUUCCAGUGAAAUCAUAGCCAUAGAGGCUCAAAGUCAGAUCAAUACAGGAACACACACACACACACACACACACACACACACACACACUCGCACGCACACACACACACUCGCACGCACACACGCACACACACACACACACACACACACACACACACACACACACACACACACACACACGCUGGACUUUGGAGUGAAUGUAGACAGAAAUGAUCAAAGUUAUCCAGAACUUUUAUUUUUUCCAUCGUCUCAGUGUUCUGUGCUCUAUCCAUUUAUGCAAACAUGCUGACAGAUUAUACUCAUAUGCCAUCUACUCCACUCCACUCCACUCAUAGCCAACAUACAAGCUAUUACACUUUUUGCUAAGCUAUACGUUUGUGAUAAUCAUUUUUUCGAGUUAUGUUUUCAGAGUGAAACCAGGAAUCCUCAAGGACUUUUUGAAAGGGCUUGGAAAAACACAGCUGGAGACUCCUCGGAGUGAAAUUUCACACUGGUAGAACAUGCUUUAGUACACACAGGUUCAUCGGAGUCAAAAAGAUGGGUCCUUAGUCACUACUGCCAUUUAUAAAAACCCAAACAAAACUUGCAACAUUAACUCAUUUGUAAAAAUUAGACAGAGGUCAUUAUCUUUCGUGUGUUGGAUGAAACUUGUAAUUUAAUUUUUUUUUCUUGAUCAGCAAUGCAAAGAGCUGUGGAAUAAAACCCCGAGUGCGGCGGCGAUGCGGUGGUCGAUCCUAUGGACACAAACAUGUUCCACCAGCGUGAAAUACCCCUUCAGGUCUCGACAGAUCUUCAUGUACUCUACCAUACAAACACACAGCAACAUUCUCGACCACGAAGCAUCGUUGCUCAGUCAUAAUCACUAUCCAACAAAAACAGCCAGACCUGCCCAAUACACUUGAAUUAUUCUGAUUGUAAAUUCACAUUACUGGACAGAAGGACUUGAACUGAAGGCACAAUGAAUGCAGCCUACAAAUGAAAAAUGUGUUUAAGACAGAGAGAAUAGAUGAAUGAAUGUCGAGAUCACGCGUUAAACUCUGUCUUACAAACAACACAGUUUGCACUAUGGCACACCAAUAGAAAGAAUUGGUUGCUACAAAAGUUGUAAAAACUGAUUUUGAUAUGUUUGCUAAUUUGUAUUGUAUACUUAUGCCAUUGUUUCCAUUAGGAGUUGCCUUACUAAACCACUGUUGGUAAAUGUAUAAAACCACAUCAAGAUUAAAAAAAAAAUGUAAUACAGCAACUCUAUAUACUUGUUUUAACAAAUAAAGUUUCUAGCUUGUUUGUUGA